GCCGCCUCCUUCCUGCGUGCGGCGCGGGGCGCUUCCGCUUGGCCCGGCCCGGCCCGGAGCGGCGCGGCGAUGUGGCUCGGCCCGGAGGAGGUCCUGGUGGCCCACGCGCUGUGGGUGACGGAGCGCGCCAACCCCUUCUUCGUGCUGCAGCGGCGCCGGGGCCACGGCAAGGGCGGCGGCCUCACGGGUCUUCUCGUGGGCACCCUGGACGUGGUGCUGGACUCCAGCGCCCGCGUGGCUCCCUACCGCAUCCUUCACCAGACCCAGGACUCGCAGGUCUACUGGACCGUGGCGUGCGGUUCUUCCCGUAAAGAGAUCACGAAGCACUGGGAAUGGCUGGAAAACAACUUGCUGCAGACACUGUCCAUCUUUGACAACGAGGAAGACAUCAUCACGUUUGUCAAGGGCAAGAUCCACGGCAUCAUUGCAGAAGAGAACAAGAGUCUGCAGCCCCAGGGGGAUGAGGAUCCUGGGAAGUUCAAGGAGGCUGAGCUGAAGAUGCGGAAGCAGUUCGGUAUGCCAGAGGGUGAGAAGUUGGUCAACUACUACUCCUGCAGCUACUGGAAGGGCCGUGUGCCCCGGCAGGGCUGGCUCUACCUGACCGUCAACCACCUGUGCUUCUACUCCUUCCUGCUGGGGAAAGAAGUGAGCCUCGUGGUGCAGUGGGUGGAUGUCACGCGGCUAGAGAAGAAUGCCACACUGCUCUUCCCUGAGAGCAUCCGUGUGGACACCCGGGACAAAGAGCUCUUCUUCUCCAUGUUCCUCAACAUCAGUGAGACCUUCAAGCUCAUGGAGCAGCUGGCCAACCUGGCCAUGCGACAGCUGCUGGACAGCGGGGGCUUCCUGGAGGACAAGGCUCUGCCCAGGCCUGUCCGACCGCACAGGAACAUCUCGGCUCUGAAGCGGGACUUGGACGCCCGAGCCAAGAACGAGUGCUACCGGGCCAUGUUCCGGCUGCCCAGGGACGAGCAUCUGGACGGCCACACGGGCUGUACCCUGUGGACGCCAUUCAACAAGCUACACAACCCCGGCCAGAUGUUCAUCUCCAACAACUACAUCUGCUUCGCCAGCAAGGAGGAGGAUGCGUGCCACCUCAUCAUCCCUCUGAGGGAGGUGACUAUUGUCGAAAAAGCCGACAGCUCCAGUGUCCUGCCCAGCCCUCUGUCCAUCAGCACCAAGAGUAAAAUGACCUUCCUGUUUGCCAACCUGAAAGACCGUGACUUCCUGGUCCAGAGGAUCUCAGACUUCCUCCAGAAGAUGCCUUCUAAGCAGCCGGGCAGCAGCAGCAGCCGCAGCCUCAGCCUCGGGGGAGGGAGAGCCAGCACUGUGGGUCCAGCCCCAGAGUCCCUCCCAGCGCCUCAGGAACUGCCAGAAACACCCACCAGCCCGACAUCGCCCCUCUGCAGCCGCCUGAGUUUCGGUGCCCAGGACGUACCCACUGUAUCCCAGGGCCUGCUCAAGGUCUUCCAGAGACACCCGGCCAUGGAGGACCUCGGAGCCAAGGGGGCGAAGGAGAAGGCGAAAGAGGAAGCGUGGGACAUCCACUUCUUUGAGUAUGGGCGCGGCAUGUGCAUGUACCGCACAGCCACAACACGGCAGCUGGUCCUGAAAGGCAUCCCUGAGAGUCUUCGAGGAGAGCUGUGGCUCCUCUUCUCGGGGGCCUGGAAUGAGAUGGUGACUCACCCCGGCUACUACACUGAACUGGUGGAGAAGUCCACGGGGAAGUACAGCCUGGCCACAGAGGAGAUCGAGAGAGACCUCCACCGCUCCAUGCCCGAGCACCCCGCCUUCCAAAACGAGCUGGGGAUCGCUGCGCUGCGGCGGGUGCUGACUGCCUACGCCUUCCGGAACCCCACCAUCGGCUACUGCCAGGCGAUGAACAUCGUGACGUCCGUGCUCCUGCUCUAUGGCAGCGAGGAGGAGGCCUUCUGGCUCCUGGUGGCCCUCUGUGAGCGCAUGCUGCCCGACUACUACAACACCAGGGUGGUGGGAGCCCUGGUGGACCAAGGCAUCUUCGAAGAGCUCACGCGAGAUUUCCUACCCCAGCUCUCUGAGAAGAUGCAGGACCUGGGGGUGAUCUCCAGCAUCUCUCUGUCCUGGUUCCUGACCCUCUUCCUCAGUGUCAUGCCCUUUGAAAGCGCCGUGGUCAUCGUCGACUGCUUCUUCUAUGAGGGCAUCAAGGUGAUCUUGCAGGUGGCCUUGGCUGUCCUGGACGCCAACAUGGAGCAGCUACUGGACUGCAGUGAUGAGGGCGAGGCCAUGACCGUGCUGGGCAGAUACCUGGAUAAUGUGGUCAACAAGCAAAGUAUCUCUCCCCCUAUUCCACACCUCCAUGCCCUGCUGACCAGCGGAGAUGAGCCUCCUGUGGAGGUGGACGUCUUUGACCUCCUGAAGGUGUCCUACGAGAAGUUCAGCAGCCUGAGGGCGGAUGACCUGGAACAGAUGCGGUUUAAGCAGAGGCUGAAAGUGAUCCAGUCCUUGGAGGACACGGCCAAACGAAGCGUGGUCCGAGCCAUCCCAGGGGACAUUGGUUUCUCAAUUGAAGAGCUGGAGGACCUCUAUGUGGUGUUUAAGGCCAAGCACAUGGAGAGCCAGUACUGGGGCAGCAGCCGCACAGCCGCCGCCGGCCACCGAGACCCCAGCCUCCCCUACCUGGAGCAGUACCGGAUCGAUGCCAGCCAGUUCCAGGAGCUCUUCACCAGCCUGACGCCCUGGGCCUGUGGCUCACACACACCUGUGCUGGCAGGCCGCAUGUUCCGGCUCCUGGACCAGAACAGGGACCUGCUGAUCAACUUCAAGGAGUUCGUGACAGGGAUGAGUGCGAUGUACCAUGGAGACCUCACGGAGAAGCUCAAGGCUCUCUAUAAGCUGCACCUUCCCCCAGCUCUGAGCCCAGAGGAAGCAGAGUCGGCCCUGGAGGCCACCCAUUACUUCACCGAGGACAGCUCCUCAGAAGCCUCUCCUCUGACUUCAGAGCUGGAUUUUUUCCUGCCCUGGGAAGCUCAAGGUCGUAGCUAACGAGCCACCUGCGUUAUCUUAGCUAACGUUUGAUGUUGGAGAAUGGCUGCACAGUCGAAAUUCCUCAGCUGCAGUGUUUUCUUGCUGUUAGAGACGUCACAACCUCAUCGAUCACUGCAACCUCAACUGGACCGUAGGCACAGGGAAGUCUGUCUCUGUGCACCAGCUGAAGGCUCACUUAGCAAGUCACACUUAGGGCGUGGAAUGACUCAUAAUUUUAAUCAGUAGCCAAAUUAUAAGCCAAUUCAAUAGUAUCUUAAAGCCUGCUCAGUAAGUUCAAGCUGGUCUCCCACAGUGGGCUUGUCAGCAAAUGCAGACACACCACACGGGUUCAUUCCUCCAGGCACAUGCAGAGUGUCUGUUCACAGCGGAGACACAGCAGCCACCUGCUGUCACUGCAGCCGUAGGGAAGAGAAGCAGCAGGGCGAGUGGAGGCCAGAGGGAAUGGUUGAUGCUCUCCUCAGAAAACUUUCAUGUUCCACCAUAUUUUUUCAUUACAGAAAAAUAUGUAUGUUGAGUGCCUGUUAGAACUCACCCUGUGCUACACUGAAAGCCCAUGGGAGCAUCUGAUGCAGUGUAAAGGAGGCUCUCUAGGCCCUGGGUUGGGCAGCCAAGCUGGUCGUGUGUGAUACGCUUGGACAGCCAGAGGGGCUGAGGGUGCAGCUCUGCAGCAGAGCACUGGCCCAGUGAGCACAGCCCCUCAGUUCAAUCCCCAGCACCGCAGAACAAAAGAAAACAAAACUGACCCAUUGCUGCCCUGUAGCUUCAUAUGGAGGGUGAUACAUGCCAAAGAGCUGACCCAGAAGGGAGAAUGAAAAAAUAAUGUAUCCUGCCAGGUGUGGCAGUGUACACCUGGAAUCCCAACACUUGGGAGGAUAAGGCAGGGGAGUUACAGUUCCAGGCCAGCCUAUACUAUAUGAGACCAUGCCCAAAAAAAAAAUGGCUGAAGUUACAAGUUCAAGUCCAGCCUGGGCAGUUUAGCAACUUAGACCCUGUCUCAGCAAAGAGCUGAGUGAAGGUCUUGGGUUCAGUCCCCACUAUCACACAGGUAUACAGGGGUAGGAGGAGACAGGCAGAGUCCAGGUAUCUGUUGUAGUCCUGCUGACAGCAUUGAACACUUGGAUUGGAGCAUGACCUUGAUUCUGCUGGCACGCACUGAAGAGCCUCAUGCACCUUCCGUCCUGCCAGGGUCUGGGCAAACCGCAGGUGCUUUCCACUUACCCUGCACAUCCUGUGGCCAACCUGUCCUCAGCCCCACCCAGCCCCCGGGCAGCAGGGCCUGCACCCCUCAGGGAGAGGACAGGGCCUGUCGGCCACUGCCUUCCUCACAGAGGAGACAAGUGUCCAGCUCAGCAGAUGCAGCACUGCACAGUGCCAGGCUGCGCCCACGGUCCUGGUACACGGAAGUCCUCACCGGCCCGUGUGGCAGUCACAGGCAGAACUGAUGCCCACUCACUCCAUCCCCGAGGUGUGACCCAUUUUCAGCAGAAGCUGUAGAACCGAAUAGUUGUCAGACUUGUUGCCUAUGGUGCAUAUCAUUUGCUUGAAAAAAAAGUGUAGACUUACACUCUUUUGAAAAACAGAAGUGAGUAUUCGCUAUGUUGGGGAUCGAACCCAGGGCCGUGAGUAUGCUAAGCCUCCACCCCACAACAGAGCUACAGCAGUUGGCUUUUUAAACAUGUCACCAGGCGACAGAACAGCCAGGCUGUGGUGGGGCAGACUGGGCCUCUUGAGUGGUUUAUAGCCAGAAGAAUUUCCUCCACGUUCAUUUUAUUUUUUCGGUU